CUUAAAAAAAUAAUAUUCUAAGGUGAAUGGACUAUAUCUGGCAAAUGUGCUGAGCCGGAUACCAAGGUUUGGCGGAGUGGCGGAGAAAUGAAGGAAUCCAAAAAAUCCGGCGAAAAUGAGCAGAAGAGAAAACCUGAAACAACGGAUAGUCUGCGGUUGGUAGCUAAACGUCAUAGACCCAACAUAUCUCUAGAGUUCGCCAAAACCCUUGGCCUCGUCAACGAGAACGGGGUCGGCCUCCAGAAGUUCCACAAGGACGAGGAGGAGGAGGAGGUCGUUUCUAAGGAGCCAAAAAGGUCUCGGAAGGAGCGGAGGCUGGCGAGGACGGGAGGAGAUCCCUGGGGAACGGAGGAUGAAGAUGAGGAGGUUUCAUUUAACCUCGACAGACUAUCCCCACAACAGGGUCCUGAACGGAAGAAGAUAAGACUGAUUGAUGGAGGACCUGGAGGAGCUGGAACCACCUGUGUACUCUGUCAUAGAACCUUCAAGACUCCGACCUUUCUCUCUCAACACUAUGCAUCCUCACAUUUCAGAUCAAAGCUAAUGUCUCAAACAAAACAUCUAGGUUAG